AAAUGUGAUACUAACAUGUGUUGUGUGAUUGCUUUUGUUUUUCAGUACAUCCAGCAGAACAUUAGAUCAGACUGCUCUAAUAUCGACAAAAUCCUUGAGCCUCCAGAGGGUCAGGACGAGGGCGUGUGGAAGUAUGAACACCUCAGGCAGUUCUGUCUGGAGCUCAACGGACUAGCUGUAAAACUGCAGAUCGAGUGCCAUCCAGACACCUGCACCCAGAUGACAGCCACAGAGCAGUGGAUCUUUUUAUGUGCUGCCCACAAGACACCCAAAGAGUGCCCUGCCAUUGAUUACACCAGGCACACGCUGGACGGAGCUGCCUGUCUUCUCAAUAGCAACAAAUACUUCCCCAGCAGGUCAGUCAUCAUCAUUUACAACCUGUAAA